UGUUGUUGGGAAUUACAGAGAUAUUACAUAAAGUAAAAAGCUGACAGCCCUAAAAUGGCGAGUCCAAUGAUCGCACUGAGAUUUUCCAGCCAAAAUUUCUCAAGAAGUCUGUGCUGGAAUGCGUCCAUGAAGCUUUUCUCUACGGUACCAGGAUUACACGAGGUGGUUAUUGCAAGUGCAGUCAGAACACCAAUAGGAUCCUUUAGAAGUACACUAUGCAAUUUUCCAGCCCCAAGAUUAGGAACUAUUGCAGUAAAGGCUGCAGUAGAAAAAGCAGGUAUUAAACCAGAGGAUGUACAGGAGGUCUAUAUGGGAAAUGUGUGUACAGCUGGUGAAGGUCAAGCACCGACAAGACAAGCAACACUUGGAGCAGGCUUACCAAUAUCAACUCCAUGUACAACCAUUAACAAAGUGUGUGCAUCUGGUAUGAAGUCCAUCAUGAUGGCAGCUCAAAGUCUUGCAUGUGGAAGUCAGGAAGUAAUGGUUGCUGGUGGAAUGGAGAGUAUGUCAAAUGUUCCAUUUUUAGUUGGGAGAGAUCCACCAAAGUAUGGAGGACACAAAAUGGAGGCAAGUAACAUACUUUACUAUUUAAAUGAAAAAAUAAUACUUCCUGCUAUUUCUCAGGGUAACUGUGCAGAAAAUACAGCUUCGAAGCUGGAACUAAGCCGAGAGGAACAGGAUGAAUUUGCAAUAGGCUCUUACAAGAAGACAGCAGCAGCCUGGGAGGCAGGGAAAUUCAAAGAUGAAAUUAUUCCUGUAUCCAUUCCUCAAAAGAAAGGACAACCUGAUGUGGUAUUUAGUGAAGAUGAGGAAUACAAGAGAGUUUCAUUUGAUAAGUUUGCAACACUGAAGCCUGUUUUUCAGAAAGAAAAUGGUACAGUAACAGCAGCUAAUGCCAGCACUCUGAAUGAUGGGGCAGCAGCUCUUGUGCUCAUGACCAGACAGGCCGCUGACCGGCUAGGAGUGAAGCCACUUGCCUCCAUCAUAGGUUUUGCUGAUGCUUCAGUUGCACCCAUAGACUUUCCCAUUGCACCAGCUGCUGCAAUGCCCAAGUUGUUACAACAGACAGGAUUAAAGAAAGAAGACAUUCACAUGUGGGAGAUUAAUGAGGCUUUUAGUGCUGUUGUUUUGGGCAACAUCAAGUUGAUGGAGUUGGAUCCCGAGAAAGUAAAUAUUCACGGGGGUGCCGUGUCCAUUGGCCAUCCUAUUGGUAUGUCAGGUUCACGGUUAAUAGCUCACUUGACUCAUACUCUACCCGAGGGAGCCCUGGGUCUAGCAAGCAUCUGCAAUGGAGGUGGAGGAGCAUCAGCUAUGGUUAUCAAAAAACUCUGAAGUCAGCUGACUUAACGUCAUAAGACAAACCUGACGUCAAUUCAAGUCCAUAGCGUAAUUCCUCCGUUGUGGCUAGUUAUUACAUCCAGUUCAACUGCUUAAGUUAACUAGGUGGGGGCUCACUAGAGGAAAUGAUAUCCGGCUGGGUGUACAGUUUAUAUCGUUGCAACACAAGUUCUGUCCGCACAGAUUGGAUAUCCAAAGAAUUCUAUUAAAUUUUGCGUCUUCUUAGUAAUUAUUAAUUGGUCAAGUCACUCGCGUUCAAGUGUUAGAAACAGGCUACAGUUUGGCAAUAGGAUGGAAGAAUGCAAAAAAAAAAA